AUGGAAACCCAACGAUUGAUUACUGUGAGUUUAGGGAAGAUCGCUCAGUCCCGCGGUCAGCGUGGCGGUAUUAAUCUACACAAGAACUUAUUAGUGGCCACAGUCUUACACAAAGCCAGGACUGCCUAUAUGAUGGAGUCCUAUAGUUAUCAGCAGAGUUAUCAGCGGCAGCAGCAGAUUCGUCAUCAGCCCGAGCUGAAGAGUGACUUGCCGUCGUCAGGCGAUGCGAACAAAGCAGAAGCGUGUCCGACCUGGUGUGACUCAAAUCUGGGCCAGGCCGAUGCCACGCCGACAGCUGCUGAACAAACAGUGCCGGAGAUAACAGCGUGUCAACCAGAUACUACGCCUUGUUUACAACUACAAAUAAUGGACAGUGAAAUAGUUCAAGAUAAAGAGAAUUCGCCGCCUGAGGAUAGUCAUUUGAACUGUAGUGAGUACAUUUCCAGUAUGAAAUCAGCAGAACAAGUUUAUCAUUUAUCAGCAGCAAAUCAGUUAUCUCAAGAAUCACAACCAUCAUCCAACUCAAAAAGUACAUGUAAAGUCCUGAAACGGCGACGGACAAACAAGCCUUCUAGUUCAGGGUGCCCAUCCGGCAAGAAAGCAAGAGUUAGCAGUGACUUAUCAUCUCAGGUAGUACCUAGUGACUAUUCAGACUUCUCAGAGGAAUCUGAUAUCGAAGCAGACAUGCAGGAGUCCUCUCAGAUCUCGAAUCUAGUUAGUAUUUUCAACUCGGGUUUCUCUGGACUUUGUGCAAUUACUAGUGAAACUGGACUAAACACAUCAAAUUACCAAAGUGACUCGGACAUUUCCAGUUCUCAGUUAUCUUUGAACAAAUUAAGACCCGAAAAACCAGUGUCUGCCUUCUCCAGAAUGGUUGCUGACUCGUCCAUGUCAUGUUCCUCUCAAGUCAACAGACUGGAUAGCUUGCCUUCAGCGAUUGUGUUGUCUGCCUGA